GGGGGGGAUAAGCAGCGAGGGAUGUGAUGCUGCUCCUGCUGCAGGAGGAAAGUUGGCCGCGCUGCCACGCAGGGCUGGUUCUCCUCCUUUCCUCCUCCCCUUCCUCCUCCUCCCCGGGAGUUAAGCGCACAGUGCAGCCCGGCGGUGCAGCCCCGCCGCCCGCUAGCCCUGCCCGGUCCCCGGUCUCCAGCCUCCGGUCCCGGUUCCCGCCUGUCGGGAUGGUGCCGCUGUCCCCGGCCGGGCGCUGAGCCGGUCCCCCCCGGCAGCCCCUCCUGCAGCCCCCGGCGGAUGGGAGGGAGGGAGCGAGGGAGCACCGCGCUGCGGGUCACCUUGCAGGAAAAUGGGAGCCACUGCCCCAGUGUGACCUGUCUCUAAGGUACAAGAAAACAAAGGCCACUCGUCCUACUCCCUCGGACACCUCCCAGUAUGGACGGCGUGGUGGAGCAGAACAGUGUGCUAAUGCACAAUAAGAUCACCGAAGCCGGGAAAAGGAAUGGAUUAAUUAAUACAAGGAACUUGGUGGCAGAGAGCCGAGACGGGCUGGUCUCUGUGUACCCGACCCCGCAGUACCAGACCCACCGAGCGGGCAGUCUUUCCUCUUCGGGCUGCCUGGAGAACGGCAGGAAUGACCCUGUGCAGCAGCUCCUGGACCCCAACAUGCUGCAGCAGACAGUGGAAUCUCACUACCGGCCCAACAUCAUCCUCUACUCAGAGAACGUGCUGCGCUCGUGGGGCGAGAGCAUCAGCUCAGAGUGCUGUGAGACUACCUUCAUCGAGGACCGCUCUCCCACCAAAGACAGCCUGGAGUACACGGACAGCAAGUUCAUCGACCUCUCAGCAGAUGACAUCAAGAUUCACACGCUUUCCUAUGAUGUGGAGGAAGAGGAGGACUUCCAGGAGCUAGAGAGCGAUUACUCAAGUGACACCGAAAGUGAAGACAAUUUCCUGAUGAUGCCACCAAGAGACCAUCUCGGCCUCACUGUGUUCUCCAUGCUCUGCUGCUUCUGGCCAUUGGGGAUUGCUGCUUUUUAUCUGUCUCAUGAGACAAACAAAGCAGUAGCCAAGGGGGACUUCCACCAUGCAAGCUCCAGCUCCCGGCGAGCGCUCUUCCUGGCUGUCCUGUCCAUCACAAUCGGAACUGGCAUCUACGUUGGGGUGGCCGUGGCUCUUAUUGCCUAUUUGUCCAAAAACAAUCAUUUAUGAGCCUCAGGAAAGGGGGAGAACCAGCCACCCGGCACCUGCACUGCAGAACCCCCCCAGCAGAUCAGACUGCAUGACUUUCCACAAAGAUGAAGAGACAAACACCUUCUGGGGGCAGGUACAGGAUAACGUGGGCUUGUGCAUUAUUGUAGGGUGGGAAGCUGGCUGGGGGGAUAGUUCCGCAGUCUGUGAUGCACAAGUCUUGCUUCUCUUCAUGACCCCCCCCCCCAUACAAGAGAAAACAGAAGGAAAGAGAGAAAGAAAAGGAAAAGAAAGAAAAAAAAGGAAAAAGGAAAAGGAAGUUGGGGGAGGUGUGGAGAGGGGUGUUUGCCUUUUCCUUCUUUGCAAUACGGUGUUUACAAGCAGCUGGCAAACUGAGCUGUUCUCUCAAUACCUUUUUGGGGACCUGAACUUUGCAGCCAGCAUGAGCUUGUGCUUAGUUUGCUUGUUAAGCACUGCACUGAGAGCUGGGAAAGCCUGGACGGUGGCCGGCAGUGUAACAACAGGAAGAAGAAUAUGUUCUCUUUUGUUUUGAACGCAGGACUUACUUGCCUAAGAGUGAAGCAGAGACCUCAGCGUAGAAUGGCAUUGCCUACUCUUCCUGUGUGGGUAGGUUUCCAUGGAAGGAGAAAAGGAAAUAAAAAAAAAGUAUUCUUUUC